GGAUUUGCAAACAAAGAAAAAUCAUAACCUCACUAAGUCACAUUUUGGUGUACACAAAGUAUACGAUUUAUAAUAAGAAAUUAUACAGUAUGACUCAAGAAAAUAGUGAAUCCGAUCAGGAACCCUCAACAAGUAUUGUAAAAGUCAAAAAACCUGCCAAAAGAGGCAUAAUAUAUUUAUCAACUAUUCCACCUUAUAUGAAUGUAACAAAAAUACGUGAUUUUUUUAGUGAAUUUGGUACAGUAGGAAGAAUAUAUUUACAAUUAGCAGAUAAAGAAUCAAAAUAUGAUGGCAAAGACAAAACAAAAAAGAAAAGGAAAGUGGCAAAAAAAUUUACGGAAGGUUGGGUAGAAUUCGAAAAGAAAUCUAUAGCUAAGAAAGUAGCCGCUCUUUUAAACAAUACACAAGUUAGUAAUAGAAAAAAAUCAAAACAAUAUGAUCAUAUUUGGAAUAUGAAGUAUCUAUCUAAUUUCAAAUGGACACAUUUACAUGAGAGACUAGCAUAUGAAAAGGCCGCCCGAAGACAAAAAUUAAGAGCUGAAAUCCAAUUGGCGAAGAAGAAGAGUAAUUUCUUUGCAUCUAAUAUAGAAAAAACAAAGAAAAACAAAACAGUCGUCAACAAAGAAUUUGAAAAUAUAGAAGAUAAUUUUGAGAAAAAUUCUAGCGAAGAAAAAUCAAAAGAUAUAGAAGAUAGAAAACAAUUUUUACAAUCCCUAUUUUAAAUAAUUUAGUGUAAAUUGAGUAAAUUAAUUAAUAAAAAACAAAA